AUGUUUGCGUGCAUGCAGACACCGCGCAAGGUAUCCUUGACUUCUGCUGACAUGUGUCUGUCUCUGCAGCGCAUCUUUCAAUUCGCGGAUGGCACAGACCGGACAUUAUAUGCCACAUCUUUGUUGGCAGCAAUAGCAGCAGGAGCCACACUUCCUUUGAUGACACUUGUCUUUGGGCAAUUCACAGCCACUUUCAACGACUUCGCCACGGGAACAUUACCACCGGACGACUUCAAGAGUGAGGUCGACCACUUCGUGCUUUAUUUCGUCUACCUCUUCUUCGGCAGAUUUUUCCUGUCCUACGGUUCGAGCGUCUUGAUCAACAUUGCAGCGUCGAGAACCACACGAGCAUUCCGGAGAAGAUUUCUUGAAGCAACGCUGAGGCAAGAAGUAUGGCACUUCGACAAGCAGACGAAUGGCUCUGCGGCGACGCAAGUAACGACCAAUGGGAAUCGAGUCACCCAGGGUAUCGGGGAGAAGUUGGCGACUCUGGUCCAGGGCAUAUCACUGUUCUUCUCCGCCUUCAUCAUUGCCCUCGCGGUGCAAUGGAAGCUCGCGCUCAUCAUUAUGAGUAUGAUCCCGGCCUUGUUUCUGGUGGUCGGUAUCUGCAUCGCGUUUGAUGCCAAGGUCGAAGCCAAAGUCACCAAGUUCUACUCUCGUGCUGCAGUGCUCGCCCAAGACGCCAUCUCGUCUGUACGAACCAUACAUGCUUUCGGGGCCGAGGAAAAGAUCAUCCGAAAGUACGACGAGUAUCUUGAAAUGGCCUAUGUCGAAGGCAAAAAGAAGAAUUGGAUUACAGCGCUAGCCUUCUGGCAAGGCUAUCGCAUGUUUGCCAGUAGGGAGAUCGAUAAUGUUGGCACUGUAUUCACGGUCGUCUUGUCAGUGGCCAUCGCAACGACGGCCAUCGGCAUGGUCGCCCCUCAGCAGCUGGCGAUCACUAAUGCUUCAUCUGCGGCGAGCGAACUGUUCGAGAUCAUUGACAAACCCAGCCUUUUGGACCCGCUUGCUCCCGAAGGGAUAGUGCCGGAUUCCGUUGAAGGACGUAUCGAAAUCCGAAACCUGAAAUUCGCAUAUCCAUCACGGCCGACAGCGCCCGUACUUCAGGGACUCAAUAUCUCUCUACCUGCAGGAAAGACAACCGCAUUAGUCGGCCCAUCUGGUUGCGGAAAAUCGACCUUGAUCGGCCUCAUUGAGCGGUGGUAUUUGCCCUCAUCUGGCGAUAUCUACCUUGAUGGUGCUCCUGUUUCCGAGUACAACAUGAAGUGGUUGAGAAGCGCUAUCAGAUUGGUCCAACAAGAGCCGGUGCUAUUCCGAGGCACUGUUUUCCAGAAUGUGGCUAGAGGGUUCGUCGGAGACCAGGCGAAUCUUCCACACGAGAAGCAACUGGAGCUCGUCCAGGAGGCGUGCAAGCAGAGUAAUGCUCACGAUUUCAUCAUGGAACUACCCGAGGCAUACGACACAGCCGUGGGCGAGCGUGCAGCAAUGCUUAGCGGUGGACAACGGCAACGCGUGGCCAUCGCACGAAGCAUCAUCUCGAACCCGAAGGUCCUUCUACUGGACGAAGCUACUUCUGCCUUGGAUCCCAGAGCUGAGAGAAUCGUUCAAGACGCGCUGGAUCGUGUAUCGGCCGACAAGACAACUCUUAUCAUUGCCCACAAACUGGCCACUGUCAGGAAAGCUGACAACAUUGCCGUCAUGACAGAAGGUAGAGUCGUUGAGCAAGGGACCCAUUCGGAACUGGUCGCGUUGGAUGGCCUGUAUGCGAGCAUGGUUCGAAGUCAGGACCUUGGCGCAAAGUCUGGCGAGGAGGCCCAGAUCGCUGACGAUGAUGACGAAGGCGGCUUGGAACCAGCGAUGACUUUGCAAAGGCCCAAGAGCGAAGUGGUAUCCGCUGCUGCUCAAGCAAAACUUAAAAAGCUCACUGCGGAGACCAUGAACUACUCCUUGCUUCGGUCCAUCUGGGUGAUGUUUGGCGAAAACAGGAAACGACUGUGGCUGUCAUAUGUCAUCGCUGUCGUAGGCAGCCUAAUCGCCGGCGCCACCUAUCCUGUCCAGGCCAUCAUCUUCUCGCGCCUAAUCAACGUCUUCACCAUCCGGGAUCGAAGCGAGGCGCAAAACCAAGCCAACUUCUUUGCGCUCAUGUUCUUUGUCCUUGCUCUCGCGAAUCUCUUCGCCUAUGCCGUUAUCGGGUGGUGCUGCAAUAUCAUCGGACAAGUCGUCACGAAACGAUACCGACUUGAGAUGGUGCGACGGGUGCUCAACUUUGACCAAGACUUCUUCGACCGUCCGCAAAACGGCUCCGGGUCACUGACUUCGAAGCUCUCCUCGGUCCCAACAGCGCUGCAGGAGCUGAUCUCAGCAAAUAUUUUCUUGAUGUUGAUCGUGAUGGUCAACGUCUUCGCAUCGUCCAUUCUUGGAAUAGUCUAUGGUUGGAAGCUGGGUCUCGUCAUUGUAUUUGGCGCCGGACCUUUCCUCCUCGGCUCAGGAUACAUUCGCAUCAGAAUGGACCAGAAGCUGGAGGCAGAGGCCGGAGAGCGUUUCGCCGACAGUGCUAGUCUGGCCACUGAAGCAGUCACGAGCAUUCGUACCAUCUCAUCACUGACACUCGAAUCCCAGAUACUGGACGAGUACGCUGCAGCGAUGGACGCCAUCGUCAAGUCAGCAUCGAAAGGCUUCGUCGUUACCAUGAUUCCUUAUGCCUUUUCACAGUCCGUCGAAUUCUUGGCGCUGGCUCUUGGUUUCUGGUAUGGCUCCCGACUCCUGGCCAGUGGGGAGUACGACACAUCGCAGUUUUUUGUCGUCUUCAUUUCGGUCGUCUUCGGCUUUCAAGCAGCUGGCCAGUUCUUUGGCUACACGACAUCGAUCACCAAGGCAAAAGCAGCCGCGAACUACAUCCUCUGGCUGCGGACAGUCGAGUCCCAGAUUGCGGAGACUCCCCAGAACAAAUACAUAGGACCAUCCAGCCAUGACGGACCAGUGGAGAUGGAGAACGUCGACUUCAGAUACCUUCAGCGUCCUGACGCUAGAGUGCUUCGUGGCAUAGACAUCAAGAUCGAGCCAGGCACGUAUUGUGCUUUUGUCGGACCGUCCGGCUGCGGCAAGAGUACACUGGUAGCACUGCUGAUGCGCUUUUACGAUCCUGCACGAGGCAGAAUAACGCUCAAUCACGAGGACAUUGCUAAGAUGUCACCUCGUCUUUACCGGAACCAUAUAUCCAUGGUUCAACAAGAGCCUCCACUCUACCAAGGAACUGUACGCGAAAACAUCGCUCUCGGUCUACAGUUUGAGCCAUCAGACGAGGAGAUCAACGAAGCAUGUCGACAAUCAAACGCCCUAGACUUUGUGUCCUCUCUGCCUGAAGGUUUGGAGACGCAGUGCGGCUCCAAAGGCUCAAGUUUCUCUGGAGGGCAGAAACAACGAAUCGCCGUUGCAAGAGCACUCAUUCGCAAGCCCCGACUACUCCUGUUGGACGAAGCGACCUCUGCUCUCGAUACGCAAAGUGAGCGGAUCGUGCAGAUAGCGCUUGACGAAGCGGCGUCGACUCGAACGACAAUCGCUGUCGCUCAUCGACUCAGCACAAUCAAGCAUGCAAACACCAUUUUUGUCGUGGCUGACGGCAAGAUCGCGGAGAUGGGAACGCACCAGGAGCUACAGGCGCUUCGAGGGCGAUAUUACGCGAUGUGUUUGGCUCAGUCUCUGGAUCAAGCGUGAUCGAUUCUUUUGCGGCAUGAGGAGUCAGUCAGCAGUUUUGGCCAUGUCCACUCCAUCAUAUACAGUACAGUAGAUUGUUUCAGACCUACAAAUGAACGCCUCACGAUGA